AAAAAUCAUAUUCCGCCCCCAAAUUUGGGCCUGGGCAGCAUGGGGCCCAGCCCAAGUGUCGGUGAGCCCAGGUUCGAUGGAUGAGGCUCUGCUCAUGUGGGCUGUACGUUGUGUAUGGAUAAGCCAACCUCCGCAUUGACUUAGAUUCCGAGCCUUCUAUCCUUACAUCUUUUCCGUAUCAACGACGACCCACCUGAUAAUUCUCACUGGGCGGUUAUCCACCCAGCCGCCAACCCUGGGAUUUCUUCAUCUAAUCGUGGCUCAUACGGGCGAUUCGUCACUAACUAUACUUGGCUGAUUGAGCCUGAUUGACCUGCUCUAUCGGCCUCGAUACUGGCCAGCCGACCUGAAAAAUGGACAAAGAAACCAGGCGGCCGUCUCAUCCCACCGAGAAGGGGGCAAGGUGGACGUCAAGGCCCGCGUCACCUCAUCGAGAUGAUAUACUGGAAGCCCAGACUCAGACCCAUGAUCCCCUUCAGCCUCUUCAAUCCUUAACUGAAGGCCCAAGGAUAUCGUCGCCACUUCUAGGUGCCCUUGAAAAGGCCAUGGAUCCGUCACUAGCUUCUCACCCUGGCAACUCCGCACCCUCGACCACAAGCAGUCUCUCACGAGCUAGCACCCUCAACUCUACCGUCACUACACAGUCCCAAGACACCACCAUCACAGAGUGCAGCGGAGAUAGUGCAUACUCGGAUGAUACGCUCUCCGAGUCUGUAACCAGGUCAUUGACUCUUCCAGUCACCAGUACUUUCCCUAGUGACCGUAUGCCGCGACCCACAGGGGGGAACUUUCGCAUCUUAGACUCCCCCACGCCAUUAUUUGACCAACAGUCCCUCUUCUCAUAUGGCAGCAUUGUUCCUGCUCCGUUUCAUAAUUUUGGUCCCGGCUCUAUACCCGGGUGGCUUGGGUCUGCAGGGAAAGAGGACGACAUUGGGUUUCUGGCCUACCCUUACAAAAGGCAUCACAAACCAACGCGGCAUCUCACUUUCCCAAUUGAGGAAUCCAGGAACCCCACAAGGACCAACAGCGCGAGUUCGUUGAGACUCAAAGACAAGGAAUAUACUGAAGUCCUAGAUACAGCGAAUAUGGAUCACCCAGCCCCAAGGGGUUGGACCAUUCAAGACACGGACGCGCGUUCUAACGACUUUUGGGAGGAUUGUAUCCCGAAUCAGACAGAUUUGGGCAGCUUGCAAUCAGAGACCGGCAUGCACUUGAAAGCGGGACUUCAUUCCGACGAGGGGAUGACGCGCUCACUCGACUACAAGCAUGAUGAUGUGCGUCACGAAUCUUUCACCUUUCAUUCGGGCCGCAUCCCCGCGCGACGGGAGAAACGGAGUCCUUGGAACAUAGUUAAGGCGCGCAAAGCACCUGAAAGGGCGACGGAUGGGGUAGCAAGGCAAUCUAUGCCGGACAAUGGGCCGCGAUGUAGCAAUGACAGCGGGGUAUGGUUGAUUGACAGCCCAGAUACCAGUCUAGAGGCUGCUCUGGGCAACGGGGUCCUCAACAGAGCUGUUCCCCAGAUGGAGGGUGAAAAUGAUCGGCCAUCUCACCCACCAAGCCCAGGUGAUGAGAGGAAACUACCUUGCCAUGAUUCUCGUGAGCCAAUUUCUCCGGAGUCUGAUGACAAGACAGUGUCAUUAUAUGAAGAUUCCGGUGCUGAGAGUGAGGACGAUGAGGAUUCCGCAUACAAUACAUUGGUGCAGAGUAUCACCUGUCUCGUCGUGGGUUCUCCUGCUGUUGGCAAUGCUGAAGAGCGAGGCGUUCCCGUCGAGCUUUAUGUCCACAGCUUCCUCGAGCAAAUCCUAAGCCACUCGAAGCCAGCAGCCGAGAAUCAAACUCCUCUUCUCCCUGUUUACAAUCUACCCAUGCACACACUGCCUAGGAAUACCAAUGAUGGCCCGGGCAAUUUAUCAGACUGGCACACACGUGCUGAUGGCCAAGGCGAGAAUGGUGGUCGCAGAGGCGGACAGAAGAGGCCGAAUGAGGAGCCGCAUGGUCAGAGUCGCAAUGGAGAUGAUGGCGGUGGUAAUGACCCCUGUGACAGUUCGGAAGAUCAGAGCAGAACCAAGAAAGCUAAGAAGCUGAAAACCGGGAGAAAGUCAGGCCUUCUCAGCUGUCCUUUCAGGAAAAGAAAUCCCACACGCUUCAAUGUCCGCAAUCACGGGGGCUGCGCCUUGGCCGGUUUUCCGAGCUUGUCGUUGCUCAAACGCCACAUCCAGAAUAUCCACAAGAAAACUCAAAGUUCGAUUUCUUGUCUCCGCUGCCAGCAGACAUUCCCAGAUCAAACAGCCUUGAGGAUACAUUUAACUCAACCCCAGAGCUGCUCCGUUGUCUCUCCUAGUGGAGACGACGAUCCGGAAGAUGGCAUCACAGAUGAAGUUCUCAGCGCAUUGACAGCACGGAAAAGGGAAGACAGCAUCCGCGAAUGGCCAGAUUUGUGGCACUGUUUAUUUCCCGAAGACGACCUUGGCAAAAUCCCCGAAUCUGACCAUGAGCCUCCCGUUGAGUGGGACGAAGUACGAGAGCACUGCUACCACGAAGACUCGCUCCACAAAUUCGUCAACAGCAUAGCUGGCGAACAAGUAAUCACCGAGCAUGGUUUCCGGUACCUUGUUGAAGGUCUUGGGCAGUCUCUUGAUACACGCUUUGAAAAGCAUUCCAAGGGAAGACCAUACCGGGGUGAAGAACGGCACGAGCGGGACAAGCAUUUUGUGAGCAUGGUUAACACCUUGCUCGACGAGCGCAUGACCCCAUCCCGGGCCCAGCAAACCGAAUCCGUGGUAGUAUGCGAGCCGCCUCAGGAGGUUUCCACAGACCCUUCGGAUUCCGAUUUCAAUAACCAAUUAAACUUUGGCCUUGAUUAUCAGGAUAUCUUCAACAGCCAGUUCCCGAUGACAUACCCAAACAACCCAGCAUAUAACUCUUACACUGGCUUCGGGUUUGAAAACGCCUCCAACAUGCCCGCCCCGAAAGCCAAUGCGCAUUUUUCGUCCGAAGGUGCAAUGCAAGCGGGGCCUCUUCAGCCGCUCAUAGAAAUCCCGCUCAUGGCCAGACAAAACGGGGGGCGUCCGAGCUCACCGGCGGAAGGGAGCGGGCGUCGCUUGAGCGCGCGGUACUCGAGCAGCGGGCUGUCGUCUCAACGCAGCCGCGACUCAGGCGACCUUCUGACGCUGCGAACAGAGGAGACCGGGGAGACACAGAGCACCCAGUACACGCCAUUUUCACAAGACCCCCAGUUUUCACAGGAUCAGGCAGCGAUGCUUCACCACCAACAACAAUGCCACCCUCACCCGGAAGACGGAGAGUCCGGCGAACACACCAGAUUCUGCAGUUGCUCCACAUUCCCGAGCGGCAUCCCUCCUGACGGCCAAGGCUGCGCUACCGCAAUGCCGAGCCAGGGCUCGUCCGAACUCCGUGGCAUCGGAGAGGAUAGGACCAGCGCAUUCGCGCCUGGGAAUAGUUUGUACAUCAACAGCGACGAGGAGUUUAGCCCAGGGGCGGACUCGGCAUGAUUGCACAUGUGCGUUGAUGAUGGGACACCGGGAUUUCAGGGUUACGGAAUGGAACCACUCAUGAAAUGGAAGCGGAUUUCCCGUGUUUCUAGCGUUCCUCAAACAGCAAUUUGUUGGCAAUACUUCGGACAAUAAAAUGUGGAAGGUGCCAUGUGCCGCUGCAUUCCCGGGCGUUUAUCUCGUCUUCACCUUUUGUGGCAGGUUCGGGCUAUUACGUGCGUGCGAAACCUAAAUGCCUUCUCGCCCUUAGAGAUGAUCGUGAUGAAUUAUUUGGCUGGAUUACAAAGUUCACAAUAUUAUUCAAUGUGGAACUCAGGAGAAGUAGAAUAUACACAGUCUAGCACGUGCAACUUGGAUUGUGUUAUCGGCACAUAGACCUUGAUCAA